UUGCAAUGUGCUCGUAAACUGCCAGUAGAAGAAGAUUUUAUUAGCGUUUGGAGACGAAGAGGAUUUUUCUCGUGUGUUUGUAUCUUGAAGAAGAAGACGCAAAUGAACGCCAAGUGUGUCGCUAUGUGACGUAGCCAGAUCCCUGAACUUCGAACAACCAAAUCGGACUUUCUGUUUCAAAAGCGUAUUUUGAGUCACACGAGUUGUUUUUCCUAGCUUAGCUUUUAGCCACGUCCGGACUGCCGACUUUCCACCAGGAAGCAACUAGCAGCUGUGUAGCUUUGACUCAAUUCUCGACGUCAAAUUGUGGAACAUUGUGCCCGCUCCUGGUGUCUUCAUGUGCGGCUUUUGACGCGUUGGAUGUCGGCGGAGCUUCACCAGCUGGCUACAAAUUGUUGUUAACCGACUGGAGCUGUAGUUGAAAUGGCCACCGCGGCCCCGUCUUCUGCUGCGGCCGCCGGCUCUCCUGGAGCCGCCGCCGCCGAGAACGCGAGCCCCGGAUCCAACAGCUCGGCGGUGGGCGACGGCGUCAACCAGGACAGCACGUUUGAGUGCAACAUUUGUCUGGACACCGCCAAGGAUGCAGUCAUCAGCCUGUGCGGGCACCUCUUCUGCUGGCCUUGUUUACACCAGUGGUUGGAGACAAGACCCAGCAGGCAAGUGUGUCCGGUGUGUAAAGCCGGCAUCAGCAGGGACAAAGUCAUCCCCUUAUAUGGGCGCGGAAGCACCAGUCAGCAGGACCCCAGAGAAAAAACACCCCCGCGACCUCAAGGCCAAAGGCCCGAGCCAGAAAACCGGGGCGGCUUCCAGGGAUUCGGCUUUGGGGACGGAGGUUUUCAGAUGUCCUUUGGAAUAGGUGCCUUCCCCUUUGGUAUUUUUGCCACAGCCUUUAACAUAAAUGACGGAAGACCCCCUCCAGCUGCCCCGGGAACCCCGCAGCACUUGGACGAACAGUUCCUGUCCCGACUCUUCCUCUUCGUGGCUCUGGUCAUCAUGUUUUGGCUCCUCAUAGCGUGAACACCACACAGGAUUUAGUCGUAGCGACAAGAUAAGACUCUUUUGUUUUCUCUUCAUAGAAAGCUGCGUGAGAUUGAAGGCUGCAGUAUUUUAAAAAGAAAUAGGAGCUGACUGUGGAAUUAACACGGCACAAUUUAUAAUACAGCCCUUACGUUAAGAGUGCAUUGGUUUAUAAAGGUGUACCUAAUACAUCAAACAAAGUGGCCAUUGGAUAAUAAUGAUAGCACCAAUAAUCCUUAAACUAAAUGGAUUCCAGCCAUCACCCAAAUGUCGCUGUUGAUUGGGAGGACUCCGGUAGUUCAGUGUUCCACGGAUUCGCCGAUUUGCAGAUUGCGUCCUGUUGUUCGUUGAAAAACUCCCCGCCAAAGCCCAGUCUAAUAUCAAAGUAUUAUUUUGGCGCCAUCUUGUGGCAUCUUGUUUCCAAGGAACUAUGUCGCAGUGAGGGGAGGAGCUUCAUUUCGCCGGGGCGUAGCACUGUCUAAUAGAAUGCCAUCAUCUCGUGGCAUCUAUAGGCAAUAAUAAAGCUUUUAAGGAGGCGCAUCAAUGAAGUUGCAGAUGUUCGCCAUUCGCGGCAGGUCCUCCACCAAUCGCAAUCUUUAUUUUAGAUGAGUUUCAAGCAAAUGUUAACAUUCAUGGCUGUUCAAAUAGUCGUUUGAUCCUUUAGGGUGUAUCAAUAAUACAUUGACAUUAUCAAGUGAAAAUCUCAGCAUUUUGAGUCUUUUUUUCUUAAUAUCUGAAACACAAAGAAAAAUGCUCACAAUGUGGAAAUGCGUGAUUGUGAUUGGACAAUAUAAAAAUGUCAGUUCACUAUUUAAAAUUGUGUGAAUGAAAACUAUAUAUUCUUGUCAGCAUUUAUGUUCUGAUGAGGAGAAAACAUUAAAUUGCUGCUUUACAAGGA